AUGACUUUUUCGGAUUUAGAAAAUACAGCAUCAUCAGACGCCAGUGUAGAAAGAAUUGCUUCUCUACUCCCAGAAGUAUCUCUUCUGGCCAAUCUUGCUGAUAGAGCAUCAGCAGAUCAACUGAGUAUUGCUGUUAAUGAGGCUGCAGCUCUUUUAGCUGAUUAUAAUGGACGUUUACAAUCUGAAAUGGAGGAUAGACGACGACUUCUUACUAUGCUUAGGGAUUACACACUAGCUCAACGACAAUUGUUACAGCAGGCACAAACAACACUAGAAGACUACAAAGAAAAAUUAAAAAAGGUUUGUGCUGUUCGAGCUGAAGUAAAAUCUCAUAUUUCGAAUUUACCUGAUUUAACACAAUUACCUGAUGUGACUGGUGGUCUCGCACCUCUGCCAUCAGCAGGGGAUCUUUUUUCACUGCAUUAACUCGAUCCCAUACAAGUGUUCAAAGGGGUAAUAAUUAAAUCAUUGUCAAAUUUAAUCGAGUUGCUGACAUUUUGUAAAACAGAACAUGAAUGAAACAAAAAAAAAUGUCAUCGACGAUAAUCUACAAAUAAUUCAGCAUACGGUGAAUACUUCCUCAAGAAGCUGUGAUGUUUAAAAAGUAAACAAAUUUGAUUCGAAAUGAAUCUACGAAGCUUCCUACGACAGUUAUAAAAAUAAAUUUAAUAAUCUAUUUGCAGAAGAUGUAUUUUUAAUGAUUGCCAAUGCUUAUAAAUGCUGUAUUGGUCAAGCGCACUGCAUUGUAUCUUUUAGCAAUGCAACAGAUAAGUUUUAUUUUAUAAUAAAUUGUACCUUCGGAGAAAUUCGUUGAUAUAAAUUUAGUUAAAUAUGCUUGUACGUUUACGAUUUACGUACGAAAUAUACCUUAGUUAUAUUUCAAUUAAAAAUUAAUGGUUAUCUUUCAUUUAAUUAACAACAUAUUUUAUCUGCGUAUUAUUGUCAAAUUAAAAUUGUACAUUUUACCAUAAAAACUGUAAAACUUUACCUUGUAAAUAAUAUACCUAAUAGUUGAGUUAAUUCAAGUUUUCUCAUAAUUUAACAUAAUUUUAAAAUAGGUUAAUAUUUUAGACUUUGAGUUGAACAUCGAAAAAAGACAAAGAAACGACUUAU